UUUCUUUUGUCCCCACACCCCCUCCGUUCUUUCUUCUCCCAGGCCCCAUCUCGAUCAUAUCCUUUCCUUUUCUUUCUUCUACGGCCAGAUUUCAACCUCCACCACUGGCGUGACGGCUGAAGCUCCCAUCUCCGACUCCUCCAUCAGAGAGAUCUCCGCCGCCACCAUCUCCGUAUCCACCACGCACCUCCGCUGCCCUACCUCCAUAGUCCAUACCCACCACCUUCGCCGUCCGGUCGCCAUUACUCCGGUGUCCACCACCUCUUCCGCCCCUAUAUCCAUACCCACAACUUUUGGUGCCAAUUUUAUCGUUCCAAUUAUAUAAGGGAUUUAGCAUUUUAUAUGUGUAACAAGUUUUCUUAUAGCAAAGUAAGAACACAUAUAUGAUUUUUUGUUUAUAAUCCUAUUUCGUGUGUGAAACUUAUUGUUCCUUCCUUUUUUCCAAAAAAUUACUUGAGGUUAAUUGUCAAUUUCAUUUUACGCUGAUGUGUCCUGAAGAAACUUCUUUUCUUAGUUCUGUUUAUGAUCAAGUAUAUUCCAUGAACAUGUACAUGUAACAAAAACACAUUUCGAAUGGACUAUCAUAUUGCUUGAACUUGUAACUCUUUUUUCCCAUUUUAAUACGAAUUCAGUGUGCACUCUUUAUUGAAUGAUGUGUAUAUGAUAGAAUAGCUUGUCCUAUAAACAUUCUUGCUCAUCUUGGAAUAAUCAUGCCAUCCAUAUAACAUUUGGAUUCUUUUCUUAAUCAAUAGUGGACUCUUGAUAUCCUUUCAAACUAGGACUCGCACAAUGCAACUAUUUGACCAACUAUUGCCUACAUAUAUCUGUACCAGUCUUUGCAAUUCCAAAUUUACAACUUCUUUGACGGAAGCUUGGGGUCUAUUAAGUUUUCUCUUAGCUCUUUAACUAAUGGCUGAAUCCUUAAACAAUGGUCCUGCCUAUAUGAACCUUCACAACUUGGAAUCUAAUAGUUGGUGUUUUCCAGCUUAAUACUUUGUUGUUAUUUCUUACAAAUACCUAGUUUUUGGCAUUUUACUCUAUUUUCUGGUGCAAGGUCUAGCAAUGGUUAUGCACAAGAACCUGGAAGGCCCUGCUGUAUUUGAGAUGCUGAAUGGGGCUCUUGAAGUUGCUUGUCGAGAAAAGAGAGUCAAUGAGGAAAGAAAUAUAAAGAUACUGAUUGCACAGAUGCAUGUAACAAAGGGAGAACUACAAGAGGCUUUGGAGAAAUUAAAAAAUCUUCUUCAAGAGAACCCAAGAGAUUUUCGCCCCUACUUGCGCCAGUCCAUUCGGCUACUUCUCCCCAUUCAGGAAACAUGCCACUUCUCCCCUUCACGCUUCACACCAGGCCUCCUUGAUUUUUCAGUGAUCCUUGUCUGUGACAUGGGUAUUUCUGCUUCCCCCAGCCGAGGAGGUCCGUGUGAAGGUACUCGUUGAUCGUCAUGUGAUAAGUAUCAAGACCAAACAAGACGAAUUCAAACAAUCCUCUUACCGAUCAUCCAAUUGUGCAGUGCUUUCGUCAUUAGCCGGAUAUAUCUGCCGCAACUCAUAUGUCCAAUUUAUUGAAAACAUGGACAAUGUGGAUAAGUAUGCUUGGGGUGCCACAAUGUUGUCUUUUAUGUAUCACGAUUUGAAGAAUCGGAUUGUGACAUGCAGAAGUUCUAUUAGAGGAAACAUUUGUUUUGUCAUGAUAAGUUUUUUUUUGAGAAAUAAUAUACUUCCUCCAUUUGGUAAAGAUUGUACCAUAGAAAAAUAUUAAGAAA